GGACAUUGUUCUACAAACACGGCCACCGUUGUAGCAACGCGCCACACCGCGUCGACGUCUCCCGACUCGUCGUCUCGCGCCACCUUCGCCGCAGCCUAUCCCAAAUUGUAUUCCCAAAAGUCGUACGCGACAUGACCGACCAAGAGGGGCCAACGGUGCGAUCGACAACCGAUUCUCCUCGCCUAUAAUGCAAUCGAGCGAAUGUUUUCGAGGAUUCGAGUACAGCUAGUCGCGUCCACCUGUGAGCAGUAGAGGGCAAAUUGUGAUUUAUGCGGCCAACAUGUUGCCGACUGACGAAAGAGAAUUGUGGACGUAAUGAGUUAUGUGGGAUACGUUCAGGAGGAAGGACGAGAUGCUGCCCAAUUGUUUCGAGGAUCGCGCGAAAAUGGCUUUUCACUACGCCGAUGCGGAGAAAAAGGGAUUCUUGAGCAAACGGGAAUAUAAGAUAGCGAUGACGGCUGUUUUUGGAUGCCGUCCGGAAAAAACGGAAGUGAAACAAGUGUUUCAAUCUACCGAUAAAAUCUCAUUCGAGGAGUUUAAGUUAUGCGUGUCCAAGAAAAGUAAUGCUGAUGAUUCGCACGUUGACGCGGAAGUGUUAUUCACUUUAUUGGAUAAGGAUUAUAAAGGAUAUUUAGUAUUGGACGAUUUCUAUUCUGCAAGCAAAUAUGUGAAUUUGAAAGUGUCAGUGACGGUGUGGCAAACGAUAUUCAAGGAAUUAGAUCGUUAUAAAAAAGGAUAUAUCGAUUUCGACGAAUUUUUACGUAUAUUACCUACAAUAAGUUACAAUGAGGUAGUCUGAUUUAAUACAAAGCUUAGACGUAAUAAACGAAUCAAAUAAAUUUCAUAUUUUAUCACAA